UCACACUUCGCUCUACUUGACAGUAGGGAGAACGCGGUGGAUCAGAGGAGGUGGAAGUGGAAGUGGAUCGCGCCGGUGCUCUCACGGUGGCACGGGAAAGUUGGAGCGGGCGUUUCUGAGCGUUCAGAUUCGGGUGUCUUUUCUGGAUACUGAUGCGCCUGCAGCGCGUAACUGAUCCGAGGGCGCAGUUUCUUCGUGCGUGUGGGUUUGUUUUUUUCAAGCUGUUAUCUAACUGGGUUUUGGAGAUUUCGAGCUGAAAGUCAAAAGCAGAUGUGAAACGCAUCAGCCCGUCCCAUGACACCGCGGAGGGAAAGUCCUGUGGCGCAGAGAGCUGAGGCGCUCGGACUCCCAUCACUUCCAACACCCACACUUCACUCAAAAAUCUCCUUCAUUCGCAACUUUUUUUUAGUGUCGGCGUUAGACAUGCGGGAAAGGGAGGCGUCUGCGGGAGAGCUCUGAAGAAACCCGAGAUCGGAGACUGUGCGCAGGGAGAGACGCGACAACGCUCAGCCGGAUCUGCGCUAACUUCAUCGGCAGCACCAUGUCAGCGUUGCGGAAGAAAUUCGGGGACGAUUUCCAGGUAGCGACGACGUCCUCGAGCGGCGGCGCUUUUAAGCAGGAGAAGAAGAAGAAGCGCCAGCGCUUCGUGGACAAGAACGGCCGCUGCAACGUGCAGCACGGCAACCUGGGCGGCGAGACGAGCCGCUACCUGUCGGACCUCUUCACCACGCUGGUGGACCUCAAGUGGCGCUGGAACCUGUUCAUCUUCGUGCUCACGUACACGGUAGCGUGGCUCUUCAUGGCCUCCAUGUGGUGGCUGAUCGCCUUCGUGCGCGGUGACCUGGAGCGCGCGCGCGAUGACAAGUACACGCCGUGCGUGGCCAACGUGCACAACUUUCCGUCCGCCUUCCUCUUCUUCAUCGAGACCGAGGCCACCAUCGGCUACGGCUACCGCUACAUCACGGACAAGUGCCCCGAGGGCAUCAUCCUCUUCCUCUUCCAGUCCAUCCUGGGCUCCAUCGUCGACGCCUUCCUCAUCGGCUGCAUGUUCAUCAAGAUGUCGCAGCCGAAGAAGCGCGCCGAGACGCUCAUGUUCAGCGAGCACGCGGCCAUCUCGAUGCGCGACGGCAAGCUCACGCUCAUGUUCCGGGUGGGCAACCUGAGGAACAGCCACAUGGUGUCCGCGCAAAUCCGGUGCAAACUUCUCAAAUCUCGACAGACUCCUGAGGGUGAAUUCCUGCCUCUGGACCAGCUGGAGUUGGAUGUUGGCUUCAGUACAGGAGCCGAUCAGCUCUUUCUUGUGUCGCCUCUCACUAUCUGCCAUGUGAUAGACUCAAAGAGCCCGUUCUAUGACCUUUCUCUGCGGUCUAUGCAGACUGAGCAGUUUGAGAUUGUGGUGAUCCUGGAAGGCAUUGUGGAGACCACAGGCAUGACCUGCCAGGCAAGGACAUCAUACACAGAGGACGAGGUCCUCUGGGGUCACCGCUUUUUCCCAGUCAUCUCUCUCGAGGAGGGCUUCUUCAAGGUGGACUACUCGCAGUUCCAUGGUACGUUUGAGGUGCCUACGCCUCCACACAGCGUCAAAGAGCAGGAGGAAAGCUUGCUGCUGUCCUCGCCACUCACCGCCCCCUCACUCUGCCACAGCACAGGAGGCCUGACCGAAGGCAGCAGCACCGUGGACGGUCUGGAAGCCCUUCACAGCGAUACAGAGACCGGCUCGAUUAACAUGGCCGCCCCGUUGGCCAGCACCAAGCUUCCAGCUAAGUUGCAGAAGCUUACAGGAAGGGACGGCAUGCCACGCAAGUUGAUGCGCAUGAGUUCUGAGAUCACGUACAACCUGGGCGAGCUGCCUGUCAAGCUUCAGCGAAUCAGCUCGGCCCCCGGUGUAGCCGAGGACAGGCUGCCACCAAUCAGCUCACUGCUCAGCCCGGUAGAGGACAAGCUGCCUUCCAAGCUAGGUCUGAUAGGGGGCGGAGUUGACCCUAUAAGCCAAUCAGUGACGGACCUGCCACCGAAGCUGCAGCGACUGGCUGGAGGGAUUGGAGGAGUUGGGGUCGGAAUUGGAGGACGAAUGGACGGACAUCUGCCUCCCAAACUGCGAAAGAUGAACUCGGAGAGAUUCACGGGGUUAAGUCUGAAAUGAACACAACUCGCUUUCAGUACUUCAUUUACCUCCUUUGUAAACUGGACAAUAAUGUUAUACAUGGAACAAUUUAUAUAUGAAUAUAACUUUGACCUAAUAUUGCUUAACACAAUCUGGCAUGUUUAUUUUUCACAAAGAGCAUGAAAAAAGACACAUAUCCAACACAUUAUUCAUAAACAUAAGAAACAUUAUUAGCCUCAUAGUCCACGGCUUUUAAAUUAUUCACUAUUCUUAUCCAAUGUUUAAUAUUAUGUUUAUGACGUUUCACAGCAUAAAUAUUCAAAUGUUCUUGAUGGUCUCUAUUCCUCAAUUUAUGGUAAGAAAUCCAAGAAGUCAGUGACUCCUUGUAUGCCUGAUUUAGCCGUCGCUCUUUACGUCCAGUCCGACGUUCUCCAUCUAUUGCACAAUAACACAGGUUAUUAUGUAACAUCAACAGAUCACUUCCAAGAAAUGAAUUCACUUCUGACAUUUCAGUAUCCAACAAAUUGCCUCAGGCUCAUGUUUAUUCUAUUGCAUGUUCAAUAUCUAUUCAUAACCAAAAACAUAUGAUCUCAAAUUUAAGAAUAAGCCUUAACUCGUAUGAUGUUUUGUUAAGGAUUGUGUUUCUCUGUUUGAUGUGUAACAGGGCACAUUAAUGUGUGAUGUAUUUACUCACCGUGAUGGGCUGCUUUAUUGGCUAUGAGUCUAGAGCAUAAAAUUGUGUUUGUUUUUCACAUAUUUUUAAAAAAAUAUCUUCUAACCUUGUAAUGGCAUUGUUAUGGUUUUGUGUUUGAAAGCUGAAGCAAUAAUCCUUCGGAUUUUCGUGAUACUUUUGACUGAACAAUCUUGUACCUAUGUUAUGUUAAUGUUUCAGUUUCAGUACGUUAAGAACUACUUCUGGCCAAAACUGAAUGUGCCAAAUUACGGAGUUUAUAAACAUUGGAAUAAAUGUGUUGCACAAAUGUAAGUGUCUGAAUGCAGAUGGUGGAUGAUAGACAGCUUCCCAAAUGAUGGAGCUUUUACUUAAAUAUUGCUUGAAAGAAUUUUUGGCCAUUAAUACCCUUUCAUAUUUCAAGUCAAAAUGUCAUACUUUGAAUAUGUCUUCUAUUAUGGAACUGCAUGAUGCACUUUUUAGGAGAUGGAAAGAUUUAUCUUGUGUCUUUAACGACACUGAUGAACUAUGGAAGCAUAAUACCAUAAAUUACUCAUUUAAUCAUUAAUGACACCUUCUUUAAAUGAAUGCUUUUUAAUGAGAAUAUCAGUCAGACAUUGUUCAUUGUGACUAGCUUACCAACAUCAUUACUGUAUUUAAUUUUAUUCAUAAAGCUGUUUAUAUUUUCACUGUGUCGCCUCUCUGUGUUAAAAAGCAUGUGACUCAGAACAUAGCUGAGUGUCAGGACUGCACUGUUAUAAUUAAUAAUAAUUCAUAACAACCUUGUUUACAUUCAGUGACAGCUGCUCACAAUAUUGACUGGGACGGCUAAAAAAAAUUCUACUACCUACACCUAUCGAUCAGCUCUGCAUUAAUAUAAGGAAACCUAGAGCUGAAUGUUGAAGCAUAGGAACAUAUUCAUUGAAAGACUUACAGUAUAUGCACCAUUCGUGAUUGCUAUUUAUUAAGUCAAGUGUUUCAAAUACAUCCGAAUAGCAAGCGUGGUAAACAGAAACGCUCCGCUUGCCAUUAGCCAGCUCUUUUGUUCAAGCCAUAUAAAACAUGGUUCUGCAAUUUGUCCCUUUGUGUAAUUUCUACUUUGAUUGAACAAUGUUGGCUUAGUCUAUUUACAACUAGUUUCUCCAAAGACAUUUUAAAAAGAUGUGAUUGAGAAAGUAAUGCAUCUCAUUCAUAUUUAUUACACCCAAUGUUUCAGUUCAUGCCUUCUCAACUACAGCUACAGUCUGGGCUAGAAAGAAAUCAGCCCCAGCCUCUACUAUAUACCGUUCUGUUUAUUUGUACUUUUCACGGUUACACAAAGUUAUAAAUUUUUAACACAAAAUUAAAACUUGUUAACAGCAAGUUAGAUUAUAUAGAUGUCAAAAAAUUGAACAUUAUUUUACGUAUUUUUUCCUUCAGAGUGGAAGAGCUUAGCCCUGUUAGCCCAAUUAUACCAGACAGCUCUGUUUACAUGAAUAAUCCUUCAUAUUAAAGUAUUUACCUACUGCUUAAGAGUCUUUUACAGAAAUGUUCUUUCUUGUUUAAUUAAGAAAAAUAUCAUGCACUGUUAUACUAUUUUAUUUUAUUUUAUGCCGUUUUUAAUAUGGAAAUCAACAUAAACUCAACAAUAAUCAACAUUUUGGGAAAUUUUUCUGUAAUAUCCUUCUAAUUAGGGAUUGGAAUAAACAUCUCAUGUUCUGGACAGGAAAUCUCAUCUUGAAACAGAGAUUUUUGGUUCUGAAUGUAGAAAUAUAUUGUGGUUUAAUGUGUUUCCAUUCUAGUUUGUGGGGUUUAUAUGUAUUAUAAAGGAAAUAUGCAUAUAUAUCAUAAUGGCACAUAAAUUGACAUAUCAAGAAACAAGCUUUUCAGGGAUAAAUGACAUGAUUGUGCUAAGUGGGCAGAGCUUAAGCAUUCAAUGUUGGGGUCACAA